AUGUUCCGUCAGAUUACUGCUCGUCCCCUUAUUACCGCCAACCGGGCCGUCGCCCAGCGGUCCUUCUCCGUUGCUGUCCCCGGCUCGGUGAAGGUGAUACUGGAGCUCCUCGCUCUGGUGCUGGUGGUUCGUCAGGAUUCCUUCACCAAGCGUGAGGCCGCCCAGGAAGCUCUGUACAUCCGUGAGAAGGAGAUCGAGAAGCUUCAACAGCUCAAGAAGAAGAUCACUGAUCAGCGCGCUCACCUCGACGAGCUCGAGGGUCACAUUGACCAGCUCACCAAGGAGCAGCGCAAGUAA